AUGCAACCGGUGCUGUAUGCAGCUGACGAGCAUUUGUCCAGCAAGCUGGAUCAGGAGGAUGCACGCCUGGGCUUGUACCCUGCAGAUGACGGCUGCCACAUCUAUGUCAUUGAUCACAGCGGUGGCCGCCUUGGAGAGUAUGAGGACGCAUCCAAGAUGGAGAAAUACAGGGUCUUACAAAAAGCUUGUGACCAGAGGCCAGAUUCACUCUGCUCCUUCCUGAAGCGCAGCAAGCUAGGCCGAUGCAAUGGAAAGGAGUGGGUACGGCCAGAGGGUGAGACCACCCAGUGCCUCAAGGAGGAGAAGGCCCAGGCCAGUGCCAUACCUACGGGCAGCCAUUGUGACAUGCAGUCAUCUGGGCAGCCCCCUCACUGGGGCUUCGUCAUGUAUGUAGGACUCAGAGAUUUCAAGUCUGGCUACUGCACUGGCAUCUGCUGUGAGGGACCACUAGGGAAAAACGAUGGCACUGUGAAUGAGAAAUGCUACAUCCAAUGUCCUGCCUUCCUCAAUCUAUCAGUUGGACAGUGGGGAUUUCCCUGA